UCAACGCCGCAAAUCAACAUGAUCAGUUCCAGAAAACGCCCAUUUCACACUUGUGCGGGUUCAAUUUUACUGGUAGCUCAUAGAGCCUUCACCAUAGCCCAAGGUCUCAAUGGACCGCUAGGGUUCAUAAUAAAAAUUGCAGCCAGACUAGUCACGUUGGCCGGAACCUUGGCUUAUGCCUUGCAAUACCAAUGGCUCACAAUGGCAAUCCUCUCAUUCAUCGAUUAUCGAAUUUUAGCCCUUGAAGACAUGAUCGAGAGAUUUUACCCUCCUUCACACAUUGUGUUCGACAAGAUUGACGACCUUGUCCAAGUCACCGAAUCCCUGCCUGGAAAAUUUGACAAUGCCGUUAGCAAAAUCCUGGCACAUUUCCAUCACGUUUCGUUUUUGGAUUGGACGUUGGUGCGUGCCAUUUCGCUGCUGAAUUUUGUUGCGGCUACAUUGAACUAUUGGAGAUUGUCAAACGGUAGGAGGGAGAAGGAGAUUAAGGUUGAUACAAGCAGCAAUAUUCAUCGAAACGGUGGACCGGGUUCGGUUCAUGAAGCUGACUGGUCUACCCCAAAUGGUAAUAAGAAUAAUGCUGCUGCAAGUGGUGAUCAGAUUAAUAAGGGUAAUACCUUUUCUUCUCCUCGUAGAGGUGUUACUUACAAGGAAGUGCUUCUGCAGAAGGGAACAAAUAAAGGAGGGAUUGGAAAAAAAGAAGAGAAUAAGGUUAAUAACAAGGAAGAAGUGGAGAGUAGUGUCACUGAUGAUGAUAGUGAAACCAACUCUAAAGAUGACCUCCUUGAAUUGUUCGAAUCAGCGUGGCUUAUGACAUCGCCCGGAAAAAAUAAGGGAAAAUACGCGCCACGUUCAGUUUCAUUCAUUUUUUGACAAAAGUAGCAUGGUUUUAACCACUCUUUUCACGAAUAACAAAAAAUUGUGCAAAAAGAAUGCUAUUCUUGAGAUAAGGUUAUAUAUUUAGCUAGUUUUGUUAAUAUGAAACAUUAAGGUAAUUUUUAAUGUUUUAGAACUUGGUAAAUAUAUGUAGAUACAAAAAUGACAGUGUUAUUUGGCUGUCCAAUUCCAUAAACCUUGGGAGCUGAGUAGGAUUCUUUGUGUUAUGAUAGAGAACUAAGCAUCAGUUGGUUCUGUACUUUAGUUUUGGCAUCACAUCAAGAAAUGCAAUGGCUGUAAAUAAAAUGUUAUAUUGUUUGUGGUUUGUGGAAUUUACAAAAUCCACCGAGUGUGCUCUCAAAAUUUGCAAAGCAAAACUCU